AUGGAAGCAGCAGCGGAAAAUCCAGUGGAACUAGAAUGCAUCAAAGAAGAAAAAGAAACCAAAAAUGAUCAAUUGAUCUCCGAUUCUCAAUCAUCCGAUCAAUCUGCACCGACAGAAACUCUCCCAUCGAGCGAUUCAUCUCCCGUCGUAGAAAAAAUCGACGCCGAGCAAACUUUGAAUGAUUCUGGCUGCCAUUCUGGUUCUAGCGAUCCCGGUCAAGGCUCCUCAAGAACAUCUGAAGAAAAAGAAAUCGAAGAAGAACCAUGUUGUUCAAAAGCUGCAACGGCCCUCCCUCCCUCACCCGAAAAGGGAAUUUUACGAAAAGACGGAAUGAAGAGGAAGAGGCCACUUAGAUUUUCUUCCGUCAGGGAGUUUUUAUUUCAGCGCAAACAGUCUUUUUGCACCCUUCCAUCGACGGGCGGAUGUGCUCUUGGGAUGGACGAAGAGCACCACGAAGCAGUCAGUUUUCCUAUUCCUCUUCAUCGGGAGCGUCUGAAUUCAAAGCGUCGUAAAAAGCUGCGUCAGUGGCGCGCUAAGCAGAGGAAAAUUGCCGCGCAGACUGAAAGUGGCCAAGCGAUAACAUCGGAUCAUAGCAGUGAAAAUGAUUCUGACUCGGAUGCGCCAGAAGAGGAUCUUACUGGCGUCGAUGAAUGGUGGUUCCUGCAACCUAUUGCCCCGAAAAAGCGUCGAAAAAUCUUGAAAAAGAACGUUGACGAUGUUGACAGCAGCGAUCGCUUAAACAACCGAGUGCUCAGAUCAUCAAGAGAGGUCUGCGGCUGCUCAUGCAUCGAUGUUUGCCACCCAGCGACAUGCGAAUGCUCGAAUGGAGGAAUUCCAUGCCAGGUUGAUCGUGAUGGAUUUCCAUGUCCUUGCCAAGUCGGACGAUGUGGUAAUCCAAGCGGAAGAAGAUCGUUCAAUUCAGCAAGAGUCAGACAUCAUUUCUUCAAGACAAUGUACAAGCUUCGGUGCAAUGAAAGUCCUUCCAGAGAAAAUUCUCCUUCUUCAUCUUCAGAGGUGCGAACAGGAGAUGUACAGCAACCCUACAGCUUUGGAGACUUUACGAAACCAUCAGACUUCCAAGGCGCAAUUUACCUUCCACAGCAGUGGGAUCAACAAACAUCGCUUUCAGAGUGGACAUCCGUACCAGAGAUUGAAGACGAAUCUCGUCUUUGCGACAAUCUUCCGAGUGUCGACGAUAAUUCCUUGGUCCUCCAGCCAAAUGUCACCGCGUCUUCUGAGAGUUCAACUGAAGACGGCUCAGUAGAUGGCGCGCAAGAGCAGCCAAAUCACGAUCAAACAGAGCCUGAUCAAAUCGCCAACAAAGAAAUUCAUACCCAACAAGUUACAAUCACGCCUACACAACCUGCCAGCAUGAACGAGACAAACAUCACUGUCAUGAACGAGGAGAGCUCACGAGACAGUGAUCUGACUGUAUAA